GUGUCAUCCUUGCGCCAAUCAUUACACACAAGAUUAGCAUCAUACACUUUUUUUUUUACUUUUUUUUUUUAACACGUUUUUAUUUUUCUUUUUAUUUUUUUACACGGUUUUUAUUUUUUAUUUCUUUUACACGUUCUUUUUUUGUUUUUUUUUACACGUUUUUUCAAUCAUUCAGCGGCUUUUCAGCCAGUGCUCUUUCAACCAUCAUCGUCGUCGUUAUUAUGGCGGGAAAUAUUGGCGGGAACGAUGCUGGCGGCGGCAUUACCUACCAUCCUCCUCCUCCCCGUCCUCCCAGUUCUAUCAACGACAACGAUGACGUGGCUUCCUCUUCUUCCUCCUUAUCCAUUUGCAACGACCGCUCAUCCUCAUCGAUCGAGAUACCUUAUCCAAACGCAACUCCGGAAUCUUUUUUUGGGCGGGAAAGAGAUAACUACCUUAUCCAAAUGUUAUUCGCGCGACAAGACUACGACGAGUGCAUGGCGCUGAUCGACGCGCAGCAGCGCGAGAUGGGCGCGCUGAGCGAGCACUGCCUCCGCGUCAAAGCGCUCAUCAAGCGCAACCGCGGGGAGCUGCGCGAGUCCCUACAGCUCUUCCGCCAGGCGGCCAAGAUCAAUCCAUCCGACGUGUCAAUCAUCAAACAGAUCGCACGGUCGCUCUUCCUCCUAGGCAAUCACCGCGCAGCUCUGGAGGCCUACGACGAAGCAACUCAUCGCCUGACACGUGGCCCUUCUUCUUACCCUUAUCCACAACCUCAUCCUCAUCCACAUCCUAAUCACGAUGACUGGGAGAUUUUGCAGAAUCAGGGGCUAUGUUACAUGCAGAUGAAGGCCUACGACAAAGCAAUCGAGUGCUUCCGGCGGUCGAUCCAGAUCAACGGCCAUCAAGACAUCACGCACGUGUACCUCGCUCGUGCCUACACGUGGAUGGAGGAUUGGCGCGAAGCCAUCGGCGCGUACACAACCGCCUUAUCCAUAAGUCCGAGGAGCGGGGAGAUACUGACAGCCCUGGCGAUCUUGCAUCUGCGACUGGGCGACAGCCACGUGGCAAUCAACUACCUGGGCGACGCUCUGAAUACCGAUCCCGACAAUCCCAAGGCCAUUCUGGUGGCUGGAAGCAUAAUCCAAGAUCACGCGGGAACCGACGCCGCGCUGGCCAAGUACAAGAUCGCGGCCUCUCUCUCUCCCAACUCCCCCCAGAUCUGGAACAACAUCGGCAUGUGCUUCUUCAGCAAACAGAGGUUCGUUGCAGCCAUAGCCUGCCUCAAGAAAGCCCUCUAUCUGGACCCCUUUGAAUGGAUCGUCAGCUAUAAUCUGGGCCUAUUACACCUAAACACAUCUCAAUGGGCUAGCGCCUUCCAGUUCCUCAGCGCUAGCAUCAACCUAAAGCCGACUUUCGCGCCAAGUUACAUGUACCUAGGGAUAGCCCUGGCGAAGCUAGAGGACUUAGAGAACGCCUGCGCAGCGUACGACAAAGCCAUAGAGUUGGAGAGGGACCACCUGUUCGAGCUCAACUACGCAAUAACACUAUACAACUUCGGAGAGCUGGAAAAAUCCAGAGAGCAUCUCACACAAUUCCACCUCCUCUUUCAGUCCACGGCGAGUGCAGGCAGCGGGGGGGGAGAGGUGGGGACCACCACCGGCGACGACUCGGAACUGCUCCUCAAGAGCCAGGUGCUGGACAGAUUGCACGCUGCAAAUCUGCAAUCUCCUUAGCCACAUAUAGCCAGAUAACCCUAUAGCCAGAUAGCCAGAUAGCCAGAAAUAGCCAGAUAGCCAGAAAUAGCCAGAUAGUCAGGUCGCGGCAAAUCGG